CAGAUAUAGUGAAUGCAGGGUCCGGGGAGACCAGAUAUAGUGAAUGCAGGGUCCGGGGAGACCGGAUAUAGUGAAUGCAGGGUCCGGGGAGACCGGAUAUAGUGAAUGCAGGGUCCGCGGAGACCAGAUAUAGUGAAUGCAGGAUCCUGGGUUUAGUAACACUUUAGGCACGGGGGUUCACAUUGAUACAUUGUGGCACACUGCAUGUAAUUGGCAUAGGAACCAUACCGCAUUCCUGUGGAAAUCACAUAUAGUG